AGGCAGCGUCACCUCGCUCCCACCAGCCGGCUGGAGAGGUGCUUGGAGAAGCCUUGCGAGGUCACUUUCCCUCAGUUCCCUCCUCAGAGCCGUCCCCAGACCUGCGGACGAUUUCAGGGAUACCAGAGGGCUCCCCAUGGAUCUGCCUUGUUACCACGGCCCUCUGUCUAAGAAAGACUGCGAGACCUUACUGCUCAAGGACCGGGUGGAUGGCAACUUCCUGAUAAGGGACAGCGAGUCCUUGCCCGGAGUCCUGUGCCUCUGUGUUUCGUUUAAAAAUUUUGUCUACACAUACCGAAUCUUCAAAGAGAGACAUGGGUUUUACAACAUACAGACCGUGGAAGGUGCUCCCAAACAGAUCUUUCCAAACCUAAAGGAAUUGAUCUCUGCUUUUGAGAAACCAAAUCAAGGGCUGGUGGUUCACCUUGUACGGCCAAUAAAGAAAACCGGCUCCCGCCAGCGAUGGAGAAGAUCACAGAUAAAGUUGGAUGAGAACAGUAACAGCGACUAUGUCGAGGUCUUGCCUUGAAGAUAAAGAGACUGACCAAAGCACUUUGGGAAGACAUGAGGCGACAGCUCCCACUGGCGCCCCUGUUUCUCCUGCAGAUGUGGGUCUGGGAUGCUGAGCUCUAAGCGAACUAUUCAGACUCUCCUGGUCUGGGGGACUGAAGAUGUCCUGUCCACCAGCCUCAGAGAAAUCGCUCCCCACAUCCCUACCUCCCACGCACCCAGCAGGAGCAGCUUUGAAGCCCCUUUCCCCUUGAGCCCUCUUCUUUCUUGGAACAGGACAGCCUGAACCAGUUCUCCCUGACUUCUUAAAGAUAUCACUACAUCAUGGGUGACACCCUCCUUCAGGCCAGGCAAUCGGAAGCACGGCUUCACACAGAAGAGAACGCGCUUGGCCGCGUGGCCAUGAGCAAGGAGCCUGAGUUCCAGUCCUGUGGCUACGUGACUUCGGAUAAACCUCUUCCCCAGUCUGGGUCUCCAUUUCUUCUUCUGUAGAACAAAGGCAUGCCCCUGCCUCUGAGCUGCACCCAGUUGUAUCCGGUGGAGUCGAGGAGUCCUGGGGUGACGGAGAUGUACGCGGGAUUGGCACGGGAUCAGGGUCCCCAACCCCCCAAACAGCCAACACGGUCUCCGCACCUGCCUGUCCUUGGUGGUGAUGGGGGCCCUGACCCCUCCCCCACGCCCUUCUCCCCCACAUUCUAGCUCCCCUUCUUUUUCUUCCUAAUCUUGAUAUUCCUGUCAAACACAUCCACGGGUACCUUUUCUCCCUGGUUUUGCCCAAUUUCCCGAAUGCAUGAAUCACGUCAGCAGCAUGGAUGUAGCUCUGUCCUGCGCUGGUAUCUGUGGGGAUUUUAAAGAUACCCUCCUACGUGUGGUUCCUGUUCCCGUUAGCUUCUAUGUGCCUCCAAAGCACGGUUGGGUCUCCCUCAUAUUCCCCAGGGUGGAAAUGCAUGUGCGUAGAGCUGUGCCCGUUCACAGAACUUUCUGACCAGAAGCACAUUCCUGAAGGGUUUGUUGAGUCGGUUCUAAGUCCUUUGAUUCAACAUUUUAGUUACACCCUGAUUCGCGUGCAAUGUGUCAAAUUCUGUGCCUAUUGUCUUACCGAUCUUCAAACCGUAGUGAUUCAUUUUACCGUCCCGGUCUUACCUUCCAAAGGUAUUAAAGAGAGGAGCUCGAGAUUUCCAGAAGACAGGAACAGACAUGGUGGCUGCAGUCCCAAAGUGGGAGCCAUUCUGAGUUUUUGGCUCACAAGAAAUCCAGAGCUAUUACCAAGUAGGUAAGAAGUGGAAUACAGCCACCAUAUUCAGAGAGGUGAGGGCGCCAGAAGCAAGCCCACUUCUGGGGUUCUGUCCCCAGUCUUUGAUUCCACCUCCAGAGAAGCAUGUGUCAGUCACCAGAGUCCACAGCAAUCUUUGGUCCAGAAAAUACAUUCGGUGCCAAGGAAAAUAUAUUUAUUUCUUGAACAAAUGACUGAAUAAAUCAAUAUCUAAAAUGUAGCCACUCGUUCCAGAUAGCAGAGAUUUAUUUGAGCUUCAUUCAUUUCCGAACCCAGUGGAACAAGACAAUUAGUUCAAGACCUUGCAGUCGUAAUUCUCACAGAAGUGAUUUCUUUUUUCUGAGCAUCCAUGCAUAGCACUUUACAGGAUGCUUGGUCCCCCGCAGGAUUUCAGCACAUUUCUCAACUGAGUAGUUGAUGUUGAUGUCAUGUUCAUGAUCUUUUUAGAAGAUCCUGAGGAGUCACGUGAAGGGCAGUUGCAAGAUUCAGUAGGUGGGACUGGAGAGGGGAAAGACCCAGGAAACAACAAUGGCAGGUAUAUGAAGUGUUUGAGGUGCUGUUCUGUGAAAGAGGGUACGAUGCCUACCAGCAGAACUCACACCAGUGCUGGCUAUCUGUAGGAGGGCAGUUUUAGCCGUAUAGCAAAAAGAACUCAGAACUCACUAGAAUGAUCUUAUACGAAGAGCCUGCCCAUGUUGUAGUUUAAGUGGAGGGUGAUAUUUUCCAAGGAUAUGAGAGAGAAGCAUCCUGCCCCGAGAAGAAAUUAGACUGCCUGAAUUCUUAAGGUGCCUUCCAAUCCAAGGAUCAUUGGAUCCUCUGGUCAUCUCUUAAUUCCAGUGGGAAUCUCUCUCCCUCUCUUUCUUUUUUGGACUUACAUAUGGAGGGUGGAGUUAAUCACAUCCUUUAGUUCUUAACUCAUUGUUACCAUCAAUCCACGCAAGACCUUUCUUCUGUUUUAUUUCAUUGUUAUCCUUUGUCCCUCACUCCAAUGUUCACAUCUUUUCCCAUACGCAGCCGCUCAAUACCAAUUGAUAUCUACCCUGGAUACGUAUGCGCCCUUGUAGAAUGAACAGCAUUGGUUGUGAAUAUACGUCUUUUAUAUUUACAUACACAAUAUUGUAUCAUUCCAAUUAUGCUCUUACUUUUCUCACUGAAUACCAUGUUUGCUUCUAGUCUAUAUUGCUGAGUGUAAUUAUUUAUUUAUUUUGAGAGAGAGAGUAUGUGCACGUGAGCAGGGGAGGGCCACU